UUUGGUCUCCUCAAGGUUUCUGUUUCAACUCCUAUAUAAAAGCAAAUAACUCAUACGUUAAUUAGUACACACCACAAAAACUUGUCAUAAGAUCAAUAUCGAUACCCCCAAAAAAAAAAAAAAACAGCUACAAAGAAGUGAGAAUUGACACAGCAAAUGGGUCUUCCGGGAAAAAAUAAAGGUGCAGUUUUGUCGAAGAUAGCGACUAACAAUCAACACGGAGAGAACUCAGAGUACUUUGAUGGAUGGAAAGCUUACGACAAAGAUCCUUUUCAUCUUUCCCGUAACCCCCAUGGGAUCAUCCAAAUGGGUCUUGCAGAGAAUCAGCUUUGCUUAGAUUUGAUCAAAGAUUGGGUCAAAGAGAACCCAGAAGCUUCUAUUUGCACCCUUGAAGGUAUUCAUCAGUUUAGCGACAUCGCUAAUUUCCAAGACUACCAUGGUCUUAAGAAGUUUAGACAGGCAAUUGCACAUUUCAUGGGAAAAGCUAGAGGUGGAAGAGUGACUUUUGAUCCGGAGAGGGUGGUUAUGAGCGGAGGAGCCACCGGAGCCAAUGAAACAAUCAUGUUCUGCCUUGCGGAUCCCGGCGACGUUUUCCUCAUUCCCUCCCCGUACUAUGCCGCAUUUGAUAGAGACUUGAGGUGGCGGACAGGUGUCGAGAUAAUCCCGGUUCCUUGUUCAAGCUCCGACAAUUUCAAAUUAACCGUUGACGCCGCGGAAUGGGCUUAUAAAAAAGCCCAAGAGUCCAAUAAAAAAGUCAAAGGUCUGAUUUUGACCAACCCAUCAAAUCCACUCGGUACAAUGUUGGAUAAGGACACACUCACGAACUUGGUCCGGUUUGUCACGAGGAAGAACAUUCACCUAGUCGUCGACGAGAUCUACGCCGCCACAGUCUUCGCCGGAGGAGAUUUCGUGAGCGUUGCUGAGGUGGUCAAUGAUGUGGACAUCUCCGAAGUCAACGUUGACUUGAUUCACAUUGUCUAUAGUCUUUCUAAAGAUAUGGGACUUCCUGGUUUUAGAGUCGGGAUAGUCUAUUCUUUCAAUGACUCGGUCGUGUCUUGCGCAAGAAAAAUGUCAAGUUUCGGACUUGUUUCGUCUCAGACACAACUCAUGCUUGCUUCGAUGUUGUCCGAUGAUCAGUUUGUGGAUAAUUUUCUAAUGGAAAGCUCGAGAAGGUUGGGGAUAAGGCAUAAAGUUUUUACCACGGGGAUCAAGAAAGCAGAUAUUGCUUGUUUGACAAGCAACGCUGGUUUAUUUGCGUGGAUGGAUUUGAGACAUCUACUGAGAGAUCGUAACUCGUUUGAAUCUGAGAUCGAGCUUUGGCAUAUAAUCAUCGAUAGAGUUAAGCUCAAUGUGUCUCCUGGCUCUUCCUUCCGUUGCACGGAACCUGGAUGGUUUAGGAUUUGCUUUGCCAACAUGGACGAUGAUACUCUCCAUGUGGCGCUUGGACGGAUCCAAGAUUUCGUGUCUAAGAACAAGAACAAGAUCGUCGAGAAAGCAUCUGAAAAUGAUCAGGUAAUCCAGAACAAGAGUGCUAAAAAGCUGAAAUGGACGCAGACCAAUCUUCGACUAAGUUUCCGACGACUUUACGAGGAUGGUCUCUCGUCUCCAGGGAUAAUGUCACCACACUCACCUCUUCUCCGAGCAUGAAAAUCUUAAGGCAUAACGUCUGAGAGAUUGGAUUAACUCGUCCGCGUUUCACUCCGUGUUAAUUAAUCUUAAAUUAGUAAGUGAUUAAGUAAAUGUUUUUUCUUUCAUUGUAAGAUUGGAAUAAUUCAAUUUCGACAUUAGGGUUGUUUUUGACGGCCAGCUUUUUUCCUGGGGUCAAAUGGUAACUUUUAAGAUUUUAUGUGUUUGAUUCUGUUUCUUUUUUCCGCUUAGGAUUUUAAUCGAUGGAUUGUCCUAGUGGUGCUGGUGUGUAGCAUAUAUGCUUUUCUUAUAUGUUUUUGUGUGUAAUAAAUGAAACAUUGUCUUUUGAUAAGGAUCACCAGAGUUUAUUAGUUGG